AUGGUGUCUUCAUCAGCGCCAUUGUCUACCGCAACAGCUGCAGUCAUCGACUCGCCCGAGUCGUCGCGUAAUAUCUCAAAAACAACAGCUGCGGCGCCGGCCGCCUCGACGGGUUCGAAACGUGACUACAAGGGUUUUGUUGCUGGGGUGUUUUCUGGUAUUGCUAAAUUAAGUGUCGGUCAUCCGUAUGUUUUCACCUUUCGCAUGCGUUUCUACUUGUUUGAUACUGUCAAAGUUCGGUUACAAACGAGCAAGGAUGGACAUUUCAAGGGUCCCUUGGACUGCGUGCUGCAGACGGUUAGGAAAGAGGGCGUUGCUGGAUUAUACAAGGGCGCAACGCCGCCGCUGGUAGGGUGGAUGAUGAUGGACUCUAUAAUGCUUGGUUCCCUAACAUUAUAUCGUCGAUUACUUCUAGAGAAUAUUUUCUCGAAGCCUUCAGUGCGGGCUAUCACGCCCUUUGCCAAGUAUCAAUCAGAUCCCCAUACGCUACCUAGUUUCGGCCAUGGUAUCGCGGGUAUCAUGGCGGGGACAACGGUCAGCUUCAUAGCCGCUCCUGUCGAGCAUGUCAAGGCACGCCUACAGAUUCAGUAUGCGGCGGACAAGUCGAAGCGUUUAUACAGCGGGCCAAUUGACUGCAUUCGCAAGAUUCUCCGCACACACGGCUUAACAGGCCUCUACCGCGGCCUCUGUGCAACGAUGCUCUUCCGAUCCUUCUUCUUCUUCUGGUGGGGUUCCUAUGACGUUCUAAGCCGCAUGAUGAAAGAGCGGACAAGUCUCUCAGCACCAGCCAUCAACUUCUGGGCUGGCGGUAUCUCAGCGCAGAUCUUUUGGAUCACGUCGUACCCGUCAGAUGUAGUGAAACAGCGCCUGAUGACAGAUCCAAUGGGUGGUGCUCUCGGUGACGGGCACCGAAAGUUCCGGUGGUGGAGGGAGGCGGCAGCAGCGGUUUAUCGGGAGCGAGGGUGGAGAGGGUACUGGAGGGGCUUCGUACCUUGCUUUUUGCGCGCAUUCCCGGCGAAUGCGAUGGCGUUGGUUGCAUUUGAGGGUGUGAUGCGCUGGUUGCCGUAG